AUGUUAUGAUUUUACAACACAACAACAAACCGUAAACAAAUCAUUGCUUGCGAUGCAAUCUGCUGUGCGAUAAUAAACGCUGCCAGAGUGAGAGUGAUAAACUUGCGUUGCAUUUUUCGUUUUAUUUUGAAUACUUUUCCGUGGGUGGGAACAAUUGGCAUCGUUUACCUGCAUGACGGCGAGUGGAUAGUGAUAAAAUGUCGCUGUACAAAAUACGCGUGGCCGACCUGGAGAACAUCUUGGAGCAGGAUGAGAUCGACCUGAAAACGCUUCACAGCUUCUGCUUCAAUGGCAUUCCGGAUUGUAACGGUUUCAGGGCGCUUUGCUGGAAGCUGUUGCUCGGGUAUCUUAGUCCUAGAAAGUCAUCAUGGCCUUCGAAGCUAACGAAGCAGCGAGAACUGUACAAACAGUUUGUUAAGGAAAUGGUAAUAUCGCCCGGUGAACAGGAUGGCCCCGAGUGCAUUGACCAUCCGCUGAGUGACGGUCCGGAAAGUAACUGGAGCACAUUCUUCAGGGAUAAUGAAGUGUUGCUACAGAUCGAUAAGGAUGUACGGCGCCUUUGUCCCGACAUUUCGUUCUUUCAGCAAGCAACCGAAUUUCCUUGUGAGUUCGUGAAGGAGCGCGAACGCAAGCUGCACGUGCGAGUCGCACCAACAACGCUCAGUUCCGCUAAUGUAGAACGAAAGGGUGUCGGUAUGACAAAGAUCAAUCUCAUCACAAAGCGAGCGACGGAAAGCUACGAAGCGAUGGAUGCCGGUCAGGAAGCACACUGGGAGGUGGUCGAACGGAUACUGUUCCUGUACGCAAAGCUAAACCCGGGCCAGGGCUAUGUGCAAGGCAUGAACGAAAUUAUUGGCCCCAUCUACUACGUGUUCGCCUCCGAUCCACAUCUCGAAUAUCGCCGGUACGCCGAAGCGGACUGCUUUUUCUGCUUCACCGCACUGAUGGGUGAAAUAAGAGACUUUUUCAUCAAAACGCUGGACGAAUCGGAGGGUGGCAUUAAGGGCAUGAUGGCCAAGCUGUCCAAUCUGCUGCACGAACAGGACGCCGAAGUGUGGGAACGGUUGCGGGACCAGGAGCUCUACCCGCAGUACUACAGCUUCCGGUGGUUGACGUUGCUACUGUCGCAGGAAUUUCCACUGCCGGAUGUGUUGCGCAUCUGGGAUUCGGUGUUUGCGGACGAUAAGCGGUAUGAUUUUCUGAUCAAAAUCUGCUGCGCAAUGAUACUCUUACUGCGGGAACAAAUUUUGGAGAACGAUUUUGCAAACAACGUGAAGCUGCUGCAAAACUUCCCAGCGAUGGACAUCAAUCUGGUGCUGCGGAAGGCGACCUGCCUCAACUAGCCGGUUUCUUCAGUACGUAAGCCAAACACGCUUUUGAUGACUUUUUUCCCUGCGUAUAUAUAUAAUUAUUUUUAUAUAAAGCAUACACUCAACUCGUUCCAAAAUAAAAGUAAGAGCGAACGGUCACGUUCACCCGUA